UUAUAUAUUUAUAUUUGUUUACAUAAUUUUAUAUUUAUUUAUAUGUUUAUAUAUAUUCAAUCUAUUAACAGAAUUUUUUAUUUGUUUAACAAUCUUAUGUUAUUCUUUUGAAAUAUUUCCCGAGGGUAAAUAUAAUAAAUUAUCCAUAGAUACAGGCAACCCUCGAUUUCUGACGAAUCUCCAGAUUUUAGCCCCUCCUACAACUUCUACUACUGACGAGUUAUAAGCCCCGCCUCUCCGACUGGGCAGCAAAUAUUUUCAGGGCUGUACAUACUCUUUUUCAGCUUUGGGGAAAUAAAAUUAUAAUCUGGAGAAAAGCUGCCAAAAUACAAUAAAAUCUAAUUUUAUUUAACCGUCUGACAACUUAUGGGCAAGGUAAUUAAUAAAAUUCUUUUGCUUUCCAUUUGUUUCAGGUUACAUUCUAAUGAUAGCUGAUGGAACAAGUUCAACGUGGUCAUCACCAGCACUUCCAUAUCUCACCAGCGAAGAUUCCGAAUUCCGUCUGACAGUCACAGAGGGAGCAUGGUUAGUUUCCAUUGUUUCACUAUCGGGAAUAAUUGGCUACUUGCUCCUUCCCCUGCUGUCCAAUCAUAUCGGACGUAAAUACACACUCCUUACGUACGGCAUUUUACUUCUUCUAUCCAUGAUCAUCAUUCAAUUAGCAAAUAAUUUUCCCUUCCUACUCGCAGGGCGAACGAUUUUUGGCAUUGGCUCCGCCGGUAUUUACGGUCUUCUUCCCCUGUACAUUGGCGAAAUAGUCCACGAGAAUGUGAGAGGAAGUUUUCUUACUUUCGACAAAAUGUGCGUGAAUAUCGGCGCAUUUCUCAUGACAUGUGCCGGGGCAUUUUUUUCCUAUAGAAACAUGAAUCUAGUGAUACUUCUCAUUCCCCUGAUUGGAAUUUGCAUUUUUCCUUUGACACUCGAGACGCCUUAUUACUAUCUUUUGAAGAAACGUGACAAAGAGGCGAUUGCAAUGAAAAUGAAAUUGACCCGCGCUGGGAAAAUUGAGGAGGUGAUGCCCGAUAUUGAGAGAAUGAGAAAUUCAAUUGACGAUGAGGAGAGAUCGACGAGGAGUAGUUUGGCGGAUUUAUUUCUAGAUACCGUGAAUCGUAAGGCGCUUGUUAUUAAAUUAAUGACUUCGGCCACUUACGCAUUUUCGGGUUAUUUAGCAAUUCAGGCGUACGCUCAGGAUUUAUUCGCCAGCAGUGGAACACCAUUAAAGCCGGAAUAUUGCGUUAUGAUCAUGACUGGAAUACAAAUAUUCGCCGGUUUACCAUCGUCGAGACUUGUCGACAUCUGGGGACGAAGACCAACUUUUCUCCUUUCUGGUGUAUUCUCCUCAUUAACUCUCAUUAUUUUGGGAAUAUUCUUCUAUCUAAAGACCUUUGUGGAUCUAUCAUCAGUCACUUGGAUUCCACUUUUAGUUCUGAUUAUGUUCACCUUCUUUUGUAAUAUGGGAUUGACGACAAUUCCCUAUUUAUACAUGGGGGAAUUGUUCUCAAUUCGGGUGAAAGGUGUCGCGACGAUGGUGUCCUUAAUCAUUGAAUGCCUCUUUACAUUUGUGGCGAGAAUGAUUUUACCAUUGGUGAACGAGUGGUUGGGAAUGUUUGUCAGUUUUUGGAUUUAUGCGAGCACUUGUCUUUUGGGAACGAUUAUUGUUUUUGUAAUUGCUCCGGAGACGAGGGGAAAAAAUUUAGAGGAGGUUCUCGAAAUGUUUAAGCUCCGUUAA